GAAGUGGCAGGACAGAUGCGGCCCUUGGACAUCGUCGGGCUGGCGGAGCCCGAGGAGGUGGAAGUGCUGGAGCCCGAGGAGGACUUCGAGCAGUUCCUCCUGCCCGUCAUCAGCGAGAUGCGCGAGGACAUCGCGGCCCUCACGCGGGAGCACGGCAGAGCCUACCUGCGGAACAGGAGCAAGCUGUGGGAGAUGGACAAUAUGCUCAUCCAGAUCAAAACGCAGGUGGAGGCCUCGGAGGAGAGCGCCCUCAACCAUCUGCAGAACCCCGGCGACGGCGUGGACGGCAGGGCGGCCAAGAGAUGCGAGAAGGCCGAGGAGAAGGCCAAGGAGAUCGCGAAGAUGGCAGAGAUGCUGGUGGAGCUGGUGCGGCGGAUAGAGAGAAGCGAGUCGUCCUGAAGGAGCGCGGGCGGUGAGGCGGGGCGUUGGCGGGGCCUGGCCGUGCCACAGCCAGAUUCAGUAGCGUCUGGGUGGUCGUCCUGCUGCAGCAGUGAAGGUGAAGCUUCAGUCUCACUGAGUCCGAAAUUGGGCAGGGGGAGCAAAGUUGAGGUUGAGAGGAAAAUGGGUCCAUGCUAGCUGGGACAGGUGCUAGAGCAGACAGUGAUUUUUUGUGGCUCCUCCUGACUCCGCUGGUAAUUAGAGAAACAUUGGAAUAACUUGGGGUUUGUCUUUGUGAAACUGAAAAGUCACCUCCGGAGGGACAGUUGCUGGAGGUAGAGCCGCCCUAGCACUGAGGAGGGUGGUGGCAGGGAUGGGAAGAAAGCUUGGCCAUUGAGCAAAAUAGGGGCUGGUGAGAACACGGGAAAGAAACAGAGAAAUGUGAAGCUGUAGGCCUGGACUAGAACUUUCCAGGUUCUUCUAGGAGGAGGCAGUGUCAGAGGACUCUUUCAGAGGCAUUCUUGUGGAUGGUUCUUUUUUUUUUUUUUUUUUUUUUUUUUUAAUUUUUAACACCAGGAUGCAGAAAUCUGAGACUCCGUGUCUUGAUGGUGAAUUUCUUCCAGUUCUGCUUUAGGUUCACAGCUGAUGGAUGCUGGUCACCUGGGCUGACACCACAAGAAAGCUGAAGUAGCUUGUUUAUUCUGUUUUUGUAUGUUUCUUAUCUGCAUGCGACAGUCUCCCUCAGGGUCAGUGGUUGUGUAAGCGAGCCAAAAGAGAAUUCUUCCCUCGGAUGCACAGCAAGCCAGUAAAAGACUGACAUGGAGAUUUUGCAGUGAGGAAAGGUAGGCUAUUUAUUGGAGAACAGGGAGCUAAGGCUUCAAGUCCCAAACUGCCCGAUGACUUACAGGUGAGGGUUUUUAAGUGCAAAAUUUGGUCGGGGGUGUCUCAGCAGGUGGAUGCUGUUGGUGGUUUGGAGGUGAAGUUGUGUUCACAGGCUUACUUAGUUACUCUGGUCCCACAGAGGUCUGUCUGUUCAAUUUCGAGAGACUUAGAAUUUGAAAAAUAUCUUUCUUUCUUUCUUUGUUUUUUAAGAUUUUAUUUGUCAGAGAGACAGAGCG